CCGGAAACCCCUCCAAACAGCUCCUUCCUCUUGCACCAGCAGCCUCGUCUUGCCAUAUGAAAACACUUCCCCAAGUAGCCUUGGCCCCAAGGAACGCCCCGUUUCAGGCUCAGACACCCACCGGAUUGCAGAACGACAGCCAGUCUUGGGAGCCACAGGAGGCACAUGCGCCCCUCGCGAUGACCACCCCGACCCAGCCGGCCUACUCGCCUCCUUGCUCCUGGCUGCUGAUGCUGUCCCUUGUCCUCUUGGGAGCCUCUGGGCAGAGCGAUGGGAGUGAGCGGCAGGUGUUGCAGCCCGAGGGCCCCCUGCUGGUGGCGGAAGGAAACACGCUGCUGCUGCGGUGUACCGUGGAAGGUUCCUGCACUGACGACAGGAUUAAAUGGGUCAAGGUGAGCGAUCGGGACCAGCAGGAGAUUUAUAACUUCAAACACGGCUUCUUCCCGGGGGUGACGCCGGUGAUCCAGCGGACCCUGGAGCCCCUUCAUUGUGACUUUUCCAUCUAUAUCCACAAUGUCACCAGCAAGCAUGCUGGAACCUACCACUGUGUGGGGCUUGAUGACUUGAGUGAGAACCCAGAAAAGAAGCUGCAGGAAGGCACCUCAGUGUUUGUGAAGGGAGCCGGGGCCCCAGAGCCAAACCUCUGGAUCCUGCAGCCCCAGGAGGUGGUGUUGGCAACCCCCGGAGACACUGUGUUCCUGAACUGCACAGUACAUGGACAGGGUCCCCCGGGACCCAUCAGGUGGUUUCGGGGGGCUGGUCUGAGCCGCGAGGCCAUUUACAACUUUGAAGGCCUCUCCCACCCCAACGUGACAGCUGUCCGGGCCUCCAACAGCGAUUUCAGCAUCCUCCUGCAAGGCGUGUCCCCUGAGUACACAGGCACCUACUACUGUGUAAAGUUUUACAGGAAACCCAACAGACAAUACCUGUCCGGACAGGGCACCAGGCUGCGAGUAAAAGCAAAGCCCAUCACCUCUCCCCAAGAGAAAGAACUCACCAAUGAACAUAUAGGCAGGACAUAUCCCUCAGGCCUCCUGUCUGUGCUCACACUUGUGGUCCUGGGGCUGAAGGCCAUGACCUUGGCUGCGCUCCUGCUGGCCUGGGCUGCCUGCCGGAGAAGGCAAGAAGACACCAAGACCCCAGACUCAGCAGAACUGUAAUCUGUACGGGGCAUGCAGCACGGGGCAUGGGGCGUGGGUGGGGGGGUCGACCUCAAAGUAGGUCCUCUGAGUCGAAGAGAGGUCAAGGCUCCCCAACCACUUCAUCGCCUCCAACCCCAGCCUCCAGAUGCUCCCCAGGCUUUGUGCCGAACUCCAGGAUCCCUACACCUGGCUUCCGUUCACCUGGCGAAGUACCCCACUUGGCACUGACUGGGCUCCCUUCUGAUGUGCUGUCCUCUCUCUUGACAGCCAGCUCAAGCCCUCCUUGUCCUUCAAGGCUUUGCCGGGCUCUCUUCUCAAGGCCCUUGUUCCUGCGGUAGUGUCCGCCCCCUUCCACCCCCUCGCCUCGUUUUCUCAUCCUUCAAGAUCCAACUCAGAGUCCUUUCUGGAAGAUUUUCCUAAGCAUCUCUAAGCUCACAGAGCCAGACUGCUCAGGCCUCUCCAUUUACACCCUUCUCUCCUCAUUUCCUGCCUUUUUUCCCUUCCUUCCUUCCUUCCUUCCUUCCUUCCUUCCUUUCCUUCCUUCCUUCCUUCCCUUCCCUUCCUUUCCUUCCUUCCCUUCCUUCCUUUCUUUUCUUUCUUUUCUUUUCUUUUCUUUUCUUUUCUUUUCUUUUCUUUUCUUUUCUUUUCCUUUCUUUCCUUCCCUACUAUGGCUGCUUGGGUGGCUGCAAUAGUUAAAUGCAGGCUCAGCAACUGUAACAAAACUCUUAAAUAACAGUGGCUUAAGCCAGAAGAGAAUCGGUUUCGCUAGUAAUAACUGAGCACAAGCAGGCCAGGCAAUAGGGGGACUCCCUUGUAGUGAGACCCGGGAUUCCUCGAUCUCUUUGCUACCAGGUCCAUAUCUCAGGCAGCAAGACUACGGAAGAAGGCAGCAAAGGGGCAUAUGACCCUCCCUUUCAAAGGCACAGCUAGAAAUUUGCCCACAUCACCUCCAAUUGGCUGGAAUGUGGUCACAUGGUCACACCUAGCCGCAAGGAAGGCUGGGAAAUGUAGUCUUCAUUCUGGCAGCAAGGUGCCCAGCCAGCAAUUUCUCACUAAAGGAACCAGAGGCUAAAUGCCAAUAGAUAACCAGGGGCAUAGAGACAGCCUCAGGGGCAUAGAGGCAGCCUCUUCCUUGCUCUGCGUGACACGUGAGUUCAACUCCCAGCUGAAACAGCACCCCUCUGUAGCACCACCUCCACUAGGAUAGUAUAAUGGAGGGCAGUGGUCCUCAAGAAGAGGAGGGUUCCCCCCACCACCAGGGUACAUUUGGCAAUGUGUAGAGACACUUUUGGCUGUCACAACUCGGGGGUUGUCACAACUUGAGGGGUGUCACAACUGGCUAUCACCCUCUAGUGAGUAGAGGUCAGGAAUGCUGCUGAAUGCCCACGGCAUCCCCCACAACAUAGAGUUGUGUGGCCCAAAGCAUCGGGAGUGCUGGGGCUGAGAAGCCCGAUGUGGGGGAAAGUGCGACACGCCUGGCUUCCCAGCCUGAACCUCCACUCCCUCCCUGUGUGCCCUUAGUGACUAAUCAAGCAGUCGCUUCACCCCUUGGACCCUCGUGGAUAAGAACGUGGACAAGGAUGGCAACGUGGACUUCUCUGCAUUGUACGAAAACUAAUUCAGUUCAUUCACUAAGGGCUUCACAUGUGCUGUGUGCACUGUGUCCGUUCAGUAUCUGUGAACCCCAUUUUUGCUUUCCACGCGAAUAUCUCCUAGCACCUACUCUGUGGGGCGGUGGAUUCGUCUGGCCGUUUUUCAUUAUAACCACAGAAAAAGAGCUUGAAAAACCUAAGCCAAAGGGGACAUUAGUUUAGUCUGAGGACAGAAUAAAUCACUGAAUCACCAGUCAUCAGAAUAAUAACCCCCUACCAAAAGAUAACCACGUCCUAAUCUCUGGAACCCGGAACCUAAUCUCCGGACCUCACAUGGCAAAAAAGGACUUUGCCUCUGGAGUUAAAGAUCUUGAGGUGGGGGUUUAUUCUGGAUUAUCCAGGGGGGCUCUAAAGGCAAUCACAAGUGCCCUGAUGAGGGAGAGACAGGGGGAGAUUUGACACAGAGAAGGAGACAGCAACGUGACCACAGAGGCAGAGAUGGGAGUGAUGUGGCCGCAAGAAGGCCGGCAGCCACCAGAAGCUGGAAGAAGCCAGAAUCACUUCUCCCCAGAGUCUCCAGAGGGAGCGGGCCCACUGACACCUUGAUUCCUGCCCCAUGUUACUGAUCUCAGACUUCUGGCCUCCAGAACGAUGAGAGGGUAAAUUUCCAUUAUUGUAAAACCCCAGGUUUGUGGGACGCCUGGGUGACUCCGUCUGUUAAGCGUCCGUCUAACUCUUGGUUUCGGCUCAGGUCGUGAUCUCACAGUUUGGGGGAUCAAUGGUGCUGACAGCACAGAGCCUGCUUGGGAUUCUCUGCCUCUGUCUCUGUCUCUGUCUCUCUCUCUGUCUCUGUCUCUUCCCCCCCUUGCACACACUCUCUCUCUCAAAAUAAAUAAAUAUUUAAAAAUCUAAUAUAAAUAAAUUAAUAAAUAGAUAAAUAAAGCACCAGGUUUGUGGUCAUUUGUGGUCUGCAGAGCAUCUGAAAGAACCACUCGGCCUCCCAAACCUCCUCGCCCCCCGGGGCCCUGCGGGAUCUGGUCCCUGCAAACCACCCCCCUCCCCAAUCAUCUCCCACCACCACCCCUUAAACUGACUCCGCCCUGGCACCCACCCGGGGCCUUGGCCACACAUUCCCUAACUCAUCCAAGGCUCCCCUUUGCAAGGGCUCCCGGACUGCUCCGUCCACCGUGAUGUCUCCAUCCCUCUGGUGGCCCUCACGCCCCUCCCUGUUCUUUGCAGCGCUACCGUGGCCUGAAAUAAACGCGUGUGCGUUUCCUUCAUGAC